GGAAGGAAGAGGAGGAGGAGGAGGAGGAGGAGGAGGAGGAGGAGGAGAAGAAGAAGAAGAAGAAGAAGAAGAAGAAGAAGAAGAAGAAGAAGAAGAAGAAGAAGAAGAAUCAUGAUGAAGAAUGCCUCACUCACUGAGUACCAUGGUUUAGCAUCAGAGAGCAGCGCCCUUCCAUGGUUUCCCACCUCUGACACUGACUGCUGGGGAAGGGAAAAUGCUGUUUCUGUUGAACAGCCUGCAGGUUCUAGCUGUGCUUGGGACUGGAGAAGAUUGAGACAAAAAAUACCAAUAGAGAACAUCUGUACCAUGUGGUGACCCAUGCCUGUCCUCCCAGCCCCUCAGAAGGUGACUCAGGACAGAUCACAAGCCCCAAGGCUGGCCCAGGCUACAGUGGGAGUCUAAGGUCAGCCAGAACAUGAUUCUCUGCCUCAAAAUAAGAAAUAGAAAAGGGUUGAGGACAAAGCUGACUUAAAGAGUGCUUGCCUAGCAUGCACCAACCCCUGCCUGCAUCCGAUCCCCCACAGCAUAUAGACUGGAAAUGGUAGUGCACACCUCUGAUCCUAGCACUGAGGAGGUGGAGGCAGGAGGAUUGGAAAUGUAAUGUCAUCUUCAGUUACACAGUGAGUCUGAGUCCUUGUCUCAAAAAAUAAAAAAAAUAAGCUUGCUCUCUCUCUCUCUCUCUCUCUCUCUCUCUCUCUCUCUCUCUCUCACACACACACACACACACAUGCACACACACCCCAACACACACACAUGCACACACACCAACACACAGACACACACACAUGCACACACCCCCCAACACACACACAUGCACACACACCAACACACACACACAUGCACACACCCCCAACACACACACAUGCACACACACCCCCAACACACACACACACACACACACACACACACACACACACACACACACACACAAUAGCUCUGAUUGUUUCUUGGGGCAGAAAGGUGGAAGGAUAUAAAUGGAGUGCCCUAUUCGUCAAAGCAGAAAGACAGACAGACAGGAACUUUCCCUGAGAGGUAGAAAGGAAGUCAGUUCACUAAUCAAAGAGGAAGAGAAACGUCUUCCAAGGUCUUCACAAAUGGGACCGAGGGCCAAGAAUGACGCUUGCUUGUGGACCAUAUUUGGGACCCCAGGUUCUACACCCAGGACAACUCGGCUGUGACGUUCUCUCUCAGUGUCAGCUCUGUUUAAGGUUCAAGGAAGCCCAGAGUAGCAGAGUGGUGAGUGCUCAUUAGCAAUUGGUAUUACAGUUUCUAGCUUAUGGGUUCACAUCUGGAUAGGACUGCUUGUGAUCUUUCUCUCCCUGUUGCAAUUAGGCUAUGAAAGCUGGUGAGCGGGGAGGGAGCCUCCAGCUCAUUCCAGCACGGCUGUCCUGUGACCAGUUUGUGGUGUCUUCUGCAUCAGGGCCUUGUCAUCCUCUUCCAGUGGGCAAAUAAGAACAAUGGCAUUAGCCUGACAGGAACCUGACAGUUAGGAGCCUAAUGAGGUCUCAUUUAGAUUAAAUCCGGGAUGGGUACAGCAUUGCACGGAUUCUGUGUCCGAUGGCCUUUGCAGGAAGUUUGCUUCGGAAUUUGGCACGAACCACACCACUGUUCCCAUGGGCCCGAUUUACCUUUCCCCAGAUCACUCUGGUUUUGUUUGGUUUGCCUCCAGGAGUCACUGUAUUGUUUUUUGUUUUGUACACACAAGCACACCUCUUGCCUAAGUAGAACUCAGUUUCAUCUCGGGUAUAAACACCUUCGAUUUCAAGGAGAGCCGUGUGUUCUCUUUGGUUCCAGAGGCCUCGCUUGUAGCCAGAAAAAUGGCCUCGCACCACAGCCUUGCACCACAGCCUUGCAGACAUUCUUGAUUUUCUUUUUUUAGAAGUCCUGUUCCUAGCAGGCCUCUGAGGGCACCAAGAUGGCGGAAAGAGAGCUGAUGUCUUCUUUAGGAACCAUGAAGUUUGUUAGUUUUAACUUUUUGGAGACUGGGUCUCACUAUGCAAACCUGGCUGGCCUGGAACUUCUCUUGUAAACCAGGCAGGCCCUGAACUCAUAGAGCGCCUUCAGCCUCUGCCUCCCGAGUGUGGGGAUCAAAGGCAUGGGCCACCGCACCUGCCUGACUCGACCAUUUUGAAGAUUCUUCUGCCUCCAUCUUUCGGUUAGAAUCGUUUAAUCAACUUACAUUUUGUAAAUACCGUUAGCAUUGACAUUUAGUAUUUUAUUAAGUGUUUUCCGUGUUUCAAAUGUUCUUAAUUUCCCUUACUAUUCCUUAUUCUGUCUUUUUCUACUAGAGAAUACAUAUCCCAUAGUCACAAUUAUUUUGCUUUCUUUUUAUGGAAUAAUAUUGGAUAGCUGUCUUAGUGAUUCCCCUUGUGGAACGGACAUCUUAAAACAAUCGAGUUUGAAUUAAUGUUGACUUAACUUAAACAAUUUGGAUAGAUUUUGCUCACUUAUGGCUUUAUAUUGUGCCCCUUUCAAACGCAGCAGCCGUAAAGUUCAUGUCCUCUUUUAUUGUAUUGCCAUCAGCAUAGUCUCCCUGUUAUUGUUUUCUAUGUUUGCCUUUUAAUUAGAAGAAGACAUUGACAACAGAGUGCUGUCUUUUUGUCUGUGUGUGACCUUUUAUUGUUACUAAUGUUUAGCUAUUUGAAAUUAGCAGUAUGUGUCCAGUUGUUUCAUUUCACUGUAAAAGGCUCCCUCUCAUACCUAUUUAUAAUAAAUAAUGUCUUGUGUUGCUUAAGAAAAAAGAAAAAGGUUCUCCUGCUCCCAGUAGCUCUGGAGGUCAGCUUUUCGGGCAACAGAGGAGUUGGGGUGUGGACACACUGAGCUGUGGGCAGUAACUGGGCAGUGGGACAGUGGGGUGCUUGUCUCCUCAGGGAAACGUGAGAACUCAUAUACUUACAGCAACAGGUGAACGGAGUAACCGACCCAAGCAAGUACCGGAAGCAGCUUUCUUCAGGAAGUGUCCCAGGGAGUGUCAACACACUCCAGGGAGAGCCAGCCCCAUGCCCAGGAGUAAUGGCCAACAAAAGGCAAACUCAGUGCCAUUUUUUUUUCUUUUUUUUCGGAGCUGGGGACCGAACCCAGGGCCUUGCGCUUGCUAGGCAAGCGCUCUACCACUGAGCUAAAUCCCCAAUCCCAGUGCCAUUUUUUUUAAAGAUUCAUUUAUUUAUUUUAUUUAUAAGUACACUGUAGUUGUCUUCAGACACACCAGAAGGAGGCAUCAGAUCUCAUUACAGAUGCUUGUGAGCCACCACGUGGAUGCUGGGAUUUGAACUCAGGACCUCUGGAAGAGUAGUCAGUGCUCUUAACCGCUGCGCCAUCUCUCCAGCCCCUUUCAUGGACUUUUUGCUUCAUUUUGACAUUUUCUAUUUUAUCUUAUUGGCCCUUUGUUUGUUUCUUUUGAUUCUUUUUUUUCCUUUCUGUUUUUGAGGAGGUUUUGUUUCUGGUUUUUCUGUUUUUGCUGCUUUUUUCUUUUUCUUUUCUUUUUUGGAGAGGGAACAUGAUCAAAAUGUUGUGUUAUGAAAAACAAUUUUCAGUUAAAAAUAAUAAAGAAAAAAAAAGAAAUGCAAGAGAGUAGGAGCCUCAAGCUAAGCUUCAGCACCAGGAUGAGCAUCAUCAGCAUCAUUAACACCAGCACCGGGAUUACCAGCAUCAACACCAGGAUUAUCAGCAUCAGCACCGAGAUUACCAGCAUCAGUACCAGCUUUAUCAGCAUCAGUACCACCAGUAGCAUCAGUACUAACAUCAUCAGCAUCAUUAACACCAGCACCGGGAUUACCAGCAUCAGCACCAGGAUUACCAGCAUCAGUACCACCAGCAGCAUCAGUACUAACAUCAUCAGCAUCAUUAACACCAGCACCGGGAUUACCAGCAUCAGCACCAGGAUUACCAGCAUCAGUACCACCAGCAGCAUCAGUACUAACAUCAUCAGCAUCAUUAACACCAGCACCGGGAUUACCAGCAUCAGUACCGGCUUUAUCAGCAUCAGUACUGGCAGCAGCAGCAUCAUCAAAAAUCAGUACCACCACCACCACCACCAGCAGCAGCAGCAUCUGUAUCAGUAUCAUCAUCGCCAUCACCAUCACCACCACCACCAUCAGCAGCACCAGCAAUGCUACCAUUACAGAAGACAGCCGUGAAACUUCUAUCCUGGCACGUUCUCAAAGCAGGUGUUUCCAGUGCAGCCAAACGGGGCUGCACAUGGAAUUUUGUGUUCUGAUAAAUUGCCGUGGUAAUCACA